UUUAUGAUAAAAACAUGGUAUCUGAAAGCAAGCAAGUAAAAUUAUAAUUUUCAAUAGUUUAUGCCGAAAUAAAGACAAAAAGUUUCUUUAUUUCGGCAAAACUUUGGCUUAAUAACAAUAUCAAAUAUAAUUAUUUCCGAUUCCGUGUGGAAUUGUGUUAACAUAAACAUUUGUGACCUGUGGGCAGUGAUUAGAAUUGUUUUAUGUUAAGUUAUCCACAAUUAAGUUAUUAUAUAUAAUAAUUUAGCUAAAUUCUUGUUUGUUACAGGUGAGAUUUAUAAUUGGUCUUGGAUAAUGCGAAGAGUGUCUCGAAAAUUCUAACGACAUAAUGGAAGAUUUACGCACUAAACAUAAAACAAUACAAAAUGCUGCUCAUCACAUCGCUUUGGAGUGUAUUCACCCGCAGCGAAUAUAUUGUUCUGAGAAUUAUUAAAUUUUCAACAAAAUCUGGAGUGACAAAUAAUUUAAAUGAAUGUUUUGGAUGGAUUAAAUUACUCCGCAGCAAAAACAAAGUAAUAUACCACAUAAGGCUAUAAUGUUACUCAGUCUUUAAAAAUGCAAGUGAAAGCAUAAAAAGUUGAAGCUAGUUGAUGGUAUUUAUUCUUGUAAUGUGACCCAGAUAGCACUUGUUCACAGUGUGGUUUGUUCAUCUAUGUCUGUAUCUUUGGAUAUCACAGCCAGCACAUGGAUCUCCUUACCAUGUACAUCCUUAUCCUUCUCCUAUCCGUCUCCAACAUGCAUUUCAAGCUCAAACAAGUCCAAAGAUGUUUCAUCCAAAGGGUCUGAAGCCUCUCUUUGAUACAAAAUCAAAUGGAACACCAAACGAUAGUCCAAUUCUUGGUCGGGCAUUAUGUCUUACUCCACGCGCAAGUCCUCUCCCAGGACGAAUUUCACACUUAAAUGAAAAAUUUCAAGAAUCUCUAGUACUGAAUUCUGAUACAGAGGCUCUAGUUGCCAAGAUAAGUGCCAUGUUCCCUACUGUCAGUGAAACACACAUCAAGAUAUUGCUGAAGAAGUACUACAACCGUGAAGCUGUAGUAAUAAGUGCUCUACAAGUAGAAAAACACCCAAUCACUACUCCUGGACCAUUAACUGCAUCUCCAUCUGUUUCAAGAUUACACAAAGGUGCUAUGGGAAUUCACUCAGCUUUACAGUUAGCAAAAGGAGUUUCUGGCUCUUUGCAUGGAUCAUGUCAUUCCCCAUUUACAUUGACACCACAAGGUUCACCAUUAUUAUUACGUCCGACAUCAGGUGCAUCUAGUUAUUAUGGAACAACAAAGUCACAUGAAGGUGGUCAAACUACAAAACAUCAAUCUCCUAAAAUGAAAUUAAAAUAUCUAAAAAGUGUUUUCCCAAAAGCAGAAGAAACAUUGAUUUUAGAUGUUCUUGCAAAUAAGGACAACAAUGUACAAAUGGCCAGUGAAGAGCUUAUUACUAUGGGAUUUAGCAAGAAACAGACCGUAAUAAUACCUGUCAAACAAGAAUCUCCUCCGCCAGUUAAAAAAGCCAUCACAUUGAUGAAAACUACAGAAGAAAGAAAUCAAAUUAAGGAGAACUUCCAGAAAAAAUACAGUAGUAUAGCUGAGAGAGUGGUUUCUAUAGCUCUUGAAAGCGUCGAUUAUAAUGAAGAGAGAGCUGAACAAAUAUUAAAUGUGGUAAUCCAAGAAGAUGCCCAGGCACCGAAAUCGGUAACAGUUACACAGGUGAAGGAAACAAAACGCGCAGGAACUCCGGAAACAAAAUUUUGCGUCGAAGAAGAGGAAACAACUCCAGCGCCGGCCCCUGUUACACGCCGCAUCAAGACAUGGACGGAACAUUUGAAGCCGAUACUUAAAUCUUCAACGAAUACCGAACCGAAAUAUAAGUCGCAAUACUCUGGAUAUAAUACUGGUCCUAAUCCAACCCUAAGGCAAGGGCCAAAGGACAAUUUGUUAUUGGAGGACUAUAUGACAUGGAAUGGCCCAAAUCCUCAACUUCGUAUCGGCCAAACUGUUAAAGCCGAUGGCCCAGAAUCGCGUAAAAAUAUAUUCAUGGCUGUCUGUGGGCCCUCAGGCAGUGCCAAAGGACCGGCAGGUAUUGCAAAAGGCUCUGUGUACAAACUUAAUAAGAAGACCGCAAAAAUUGUGGUGUAAAUGUUACCAAGGCAUUCACCGUAGUAGUAGAUACAAAAGUACGACGUAGGUAUUAUAAAAGCUCAGAUGUUUCGAUUUAAGAAUAUUUUUUUAUUUCUAUGUUUUAUAAGGAGAAAUUAUUUCUAAAUAUUUUAUUAUCUAGUUAUUUCUUAGUCUGUGAUUUCCAAUAGUUUUAUAUAACAUAAGUACAUUGGUAAAUUUAUUUUUACGCAAUUAUUCCGAACUUCUUCCAGUCUUCUAUACGCCGUGUUCGAUAGUAGAUUUAAUCAAAUAUAUUGUUAUUAUAUAAUUUAUUUAAUAUAAUGCGUCUGGUGCUUCUUACCAGAAAAUUACAGCUUACAUCUCAGGUACUAAAUUAAUGAUUUGGACUAAUGUCGAUUUAAAUAUUAUUUAACGUCGACGGUUAAUAUUAAUCAAGUCUGGCAUUAUCGGUAUCCUUCCGACACAAAAGGGUCUGAUCAAAGCACUAUCUGAUUAAAUCUACCAUCGAGCUACUUUUAUUGUUAUCAACGAGAAAUAGCAUUUAAGGGCCUAUAUGAUCGCCAAACUCCUAAAAAGCACAUUGUUUCAUUCCAUUUUUUGUCAUCGUUUCUUGAAGUAGGGCGAAUAGAAAAAAUAUAUGGUGGAGUUGAGUAGUUUAUAUAUCCAUUUUGAAAGAUCGAUACACGAAUUAUAUGACUUCGCUCGAUAGAAAAAA